ACCGCGUCCAGGCGCGCAGGCGGCUCCUCUCCCUUCUCUCCGCAGUUUCAGAGUUCACCAUGAAGAGACUCCUGGUGCUUUGUGACUGCCUCUGGGCCUGGAGCCUCCUUCUGAAUGCACUGACUGAAAGAAGCUAUGGGCAGACCUCAUCACAAGAUGAACUUAAAGACAACACUACAGUAUUUACCAGAAUACUGGAUCGUCUGCUGGAUGGUUAUGAUAACCGCUUGAGACCAGGACUGGGAGAGCGUGUAACUGAAGUGAAGACUGACAUCUUUGUCACAAGUUUUGGGCCUGUUUCAGACCAUGAUAUGGAAUACACUAUAGAUGUAUUUUUCCGUCAAAGCUGGAAAGAUGAGAGAUUAAAAUUCAAAGGACCUAUGACUGUUCUCCGGUUAAAUAAUUUAAUGGCCAGCAAAAUUUGGACACCUGACACCUUUUUCCACAAUGGAAAGAAGUCAGUGGCUCAUAACAUGACAAUGCCAAAUAAACUAUUACGAAUUACAGAGGAUGGGACGUUGCUAUACACGAUGAGAUUGACUGUGAGAGCAGAAUGUCCAAUGCAUUUAGAAGACUUUCCUAUGGAUGCACAUGCUUGCCCCUUGAAAUUUGGAAGCUAUGCUUAUACCAGAGCAGAGGUUGUGUAUGAAUGGACACGAGAACCAGCAAGGUCAGUGGUUGUGGCUGAAGAUGGCUCUCGAUUGAACCAAUAUGAUCUGCUUGGACAAACUGUGGACUCUGGAAUUGUUCAGUCCAGUACAGGGGAGUAUGUUGUUAUGACUACACAUUUUCAUUUGAAGAGGAAGAUUGGUUACUUUGUCAUCCAAACUUAUCUGCCAUGCAUCAUGACAGUGAUACUGUCACAGGUGUCCUUCUGGCUUAAUAGAGAAUCUGUUCCAGCAAGAACUGUAUUUGGAGUGACAACUGUCCUGACAAUGACUACUCUGAGCAUCAGUGCAAGGAAUUCGCUCCCCAAGGUGGCCUAUGCCACUGCCAUGGAUUGGUUUAUAGCAGUGUGCUAUGCCUUUGUGUUUUCUGCACUCAUCGAAUUUGCAACAGUGAAUUACUUCACAAAGAGAGGCUACGCAUGGGAUGGCAAAAGCGUCGUUCCUGAAAAGCCAAAGAAAGUAAAGGAUCCUCUCAUUAAGAAAAAUAACACGUACACAGCUGCAGCUACAAGCUACACCCCUAAUAUUGCAAGGGACCCUGGGCUGGCAACCAUUGCUAAAAGUGCAACGAUUGAGCCCAAAGAAGUUAAGCCAGAAACAAAACCUGCAGAACCCAAGAAAACUUUUAACAGCGUCAGUAAAAUUGAUCGACUAUCAAGAAUAGCCUUCCCUUUGCUUUUUGGAAUCUUUAACUUGGUCUAUUGGGCAACCUACUUAAACAGGGAGCCCCAGUUAAAAGCUCCAACUCCACAUCAAUAACCUCAUUUAUUUGUAUAGUUCUGUUUUGUCUUUAGCUCUGGGAAUUGCUUCCCGUUUUCACAUACAGUAAUUCCCAUUUGCUUCAUUGCCUCUGUCUUAAAGAAAAUAAAGGUUUCUUUAUUUAUGAAAAGGUAAAAUAUAUCUGUAUAUUUAAAUAACCUGUGUGUAAGGGAGAGAACAAUAUAAAUUAUAUACUUUGAAUAAGUUAUUCUGAAAAUGGAAAGGAGUUGUAGACUACUGGAAAAUAAGAAAAAGGAAACCAUUUGUAGAUAGCUUAGUACUGAAUGUUCCCAAAAGGUAUUAUAUAUGUAUGUGAAAAAAGAUAUUUUUAUCAAAAGGAUUGUGGGGAGUGGGAAAAAUAUUCUUUAUGGUGUUCUUGAUGCACAUACUAUACUGUACCAUUUAUUCCACCAUUGUUUAUAAUAUUUUAAAGGAUGUAAAGCUUUCCAUUUGCUGAACCUCAUAAGAUAUAUUAUUUUCCUAAUCCCUUUCCUCUUCUCUAUUCCAAAUCACCCAAUUUACAAUAUUAAAUGGUCUUUAAAGAAAAAGGAAAUCUACUCACUCUAGGUACCGUUUUUCACUGUAGAGCACAUAAGUUCUAAUGGUAACAAAUGCUUUAAUCUGCUGUCUUACUGCAGUCAUGUUCUAAGCAUUAAGUUGUCACUCGACUAGAUUUAAAACCACUUGCACAACCAAAUGCAGAUCCCAAGAUCCCUCUAUCACCUGUGUAAUGCAAACAAUUCCUGGAUGCUUUUACAGAGAGCUUUUACCCAUUAUUAUGUUUUAGAGUUAAAAAAACCCAACAAAACAACAAUUUU